GAGACGCAAGCGAGCCAGGCCUCGGGCCGCGGCGGCGAUGCAGCGACGGCGGCGCCCUCCGCCGCCAGCUUCUCAGCUGCCCGAGGGCUGCGGGGGAGGCGGCGGCCGCGGCGGGAGCGAGGAGGUGGAAGUGCAGUUCUCCGCCGGGCGUUUGGCCUCGGCCGCGGCGGUUGCGGCGGCGGCGGCGGCCGCGCGCAGCACGGAGGAGGAGGAGGAGCGGCUCGAGCGCGAGCACUUCUGGAAGAUCAUUAAUGCCUUCCGCUACUACGGCACCAGUAUGCAUGAGCGAGUGAACCGAACAGAAAGACAAUUUCGAUCACUUCCAGAUAAUCAACAGAAACUACUUCCUCAGUUUCUUCUUCACUUGGACAAGAUUCGGAAAUGCAUUGAUCAUAAUCAAGAAAUACUACUGACCAUUGUGAAUGAUUGCAUACAUAUGUUUGAAAAUAAAGAAUAUGGAGAAGAUGGGAAUGGAAAGAUUAUGCCAGCAUCUACAUUUGACAUGGAUAAAUUAAAAUCUACAUUGAAACAAUUUGUGAGAGACUGGAGUGAAACUGGGAAAGCAGAGAGGGAAGCCUGCUACCAACCAAUCAUUAAAGAAAUUUUAAAAAAUUUUCCGAAAGAAAGAUGGGAUCCUUCUAAAGUAAAUAUUCUGGUACCUGGUGCUGGACUAGGAAGACUGGCCUGGGAAAUAGCUAUGCUAGGUUAUGCUUGUCAAGGAAAUGAAUGGAGUUUUUUUAUGCUCUUUUCUUCCAACUUUGUACUCAACAGAUGUUCUGAAAUUAAUAAAUAUAAGCUUUAUCCCUGGAUCCAUCAAUUUAGCAAUAACCGGAGGUCAGCUGAUCAGAUUCGACCCAUCUUUUUCCCUGAUGUUGAUCCCCACAGUCUUCCUCCUGGUUCUAAUUUUUCUAUGACAGCAGGAGAUUUUCAGGAGAUCUACUCAGAAUGCAAUACCUGGGACUGUAUUGCUACCUGUUUCUUCAUAGACACAGCUCACAAUGUCAUUGAUUAUAUUGACACAAUAUGGAAAAUACUCAAGCCAGGUGGAAUUUGGAUAAAUCUAGGUCCUCUGCUUUAUCACUUUGAAAAUCUGGCAAAUGAACUUUCCAUAGAAUUAAGCUAUGAAGAUAUAAAAAACGUCGUUCUGCAGUAUGGAUUCCAGGUAGAGGUGGAAAAGGAAUCUGUCUUGUCAACAUAUACUGUGAAUGAUCUCUCCAUGAUGAAAUACUACUAUGAAUGUGUCUUGUUUGUGGUCCGUAAACCACAGUAACGUUCUCAAGUGGUAUCAGCAGGAAAAAAGUUUGAUAAGAGCAAAUUCUGAAAUAAAUAACUCAAAAUCAACUAUCCCAAUGACAGGACACAACCUCAAAUCAGUGGUGCCUUCUUAUUCCUAACAAAAUUUAGAAAUAGCGUCUAUUUUCUUAAUACGUCUAUCGCUUUUUCAGAAAUAUACUAUGCCAUGCAUAUUUGUACUACAAAAGUAAUAAUGGAGGAAACGUCUUCAAGUAUACUUUUUCCUUGAAGCCCAGAAUUGUCUUUCAGUAGAAAAAACUUUUAUCUCCAGUGGUCUUCAUGAAGCUAUUGCAAGUCUGCCAUAUUAAUGAAAAACUAGUAUUGAAGUCCCCCCAAAUCUCUUAUGUUCUGCGUGCGUUGCACAUGCUAUCUUUAGAAGAGUCUGAGGAUCCUCUGUCACAUUCAGCAUCUGGAAUUGGGACUUUUGUCUGCUGUGGACCUAAGCAAUCCAUACAUAAAAUGUGUGUCUGUCCUUUGAUCAUUCACAUUUUUUUUUCUAGCUCAGCUGAACUUAAGCAUUUCAUUUUUAUGAAAUGCUGAAUUUAAUAAGAUCAUAGGCCAGUAAAAUGCAUUCAGGCAUUCAAGUAACUGAGAAUUAGUCUUUUGGGCACACUAAACUGAACAUUAUUUGAAAGCAUACUCAUCAUGAAUUACUCUGAAAUGUAUGAGAUCUCAAUACUCUUAAGUGAGGCACAAAAGCCUUUGUUCAAGGUACUGCUCGGAAAAUGGGGAAAUGAGAAUAAAAUCUCCCAUUUGAAAUGUAUGAUUUUAAACUAGAAGUGAAUACAGUCUGUCAGUGAAUGUUUACAAUAAUGUCUUUUCUUUAAAUUACCUGGAUCACAAAAGCAAGCACUUUUUUUUUUUUUCAAUAAACUCUCAUGAUGGUAUUACUGUGGGGGAAAUUCUGAAUAUGAAAUUCAGGGAUAAAUUACUCCCCGUGGUCUGUGUCUUCAAUAUUGUAAGCAGCUGCCAUUCAUGUAAUUUCAGAUUAACACCAAUUCUGUUCCCUGAUAGCUGGAGUUAAAACAGUAUAUGCUGCUUUAAAUUUCUACCUCUAGCAGGUCUUUUCUAUUGGAGGGAAUUUUCCUUUGUAUUGUUUUUUUUAACGUUUAUUAUUUUGUUUCCAGUAGCUUGGAACGCAGAGAUGGCUAAUGUUUUAACCUUUUCUUGGGAAAAGGAAGUACUCUUGUUGGAUAUUUUCACAGGUGAUUAUGAUGGCAUUAAAUGACCCCUGUGGCAAUUUGAAUUAGAUAGACUUAAUCUCAAUAAUGUGCUGCAGGAUUAACGUCAUGUUCUAAUAGGAAACCUAGUGAAUCUUUAGGCCUUUUUUGUUAGGUUGGGGGAAUCUGCACAAUUUGGCAUCUUACCAGUAGGAGCUUUUCCGUGGACAAUAAGAGAGCUCUUGUGGCCUUUGCUCCUGUUAUGCAGUAAAGGGCUCUAUGGAAGUUACUUGACUUGCUAAAUUGUGGAAGCCUGUAGCCUCGAGUUAAAAAAAAAAACCCCAAAACCCAAAAACUAUUUCUCUCUUUUGUGUCCCCCCCAAUACUUGGCAGAUGUUCGUUAUUAGAAUUCUCAUUAACUACCACAUGAAUGAAUUUCAUAUUAAUUGGUAGGGGGAAAAUCCAAAUUUGUUUUUAAGAAAAAAAAAAGCUUAAGGAUCCUAAGAAUUUAAAAAAUCCAUUGAAAGGAAAGGAAUGCAUGCUAUUUUUGAGUAAUUUAGAGAGGCUUUUUAUUCACUGACUCAUAUUCACUUUUUUAUGUGUAUCAGAACAAAUGAUUUUUUCUCAUAGAGGCGAAAAUAUGUUGACAGCAGGGAGUUGGCUUUCUUACUUAAGAUUUUGGCUAUCAUGGGGCGCCUGGGUGGCACAGCGGUUAAGCAUCUGCCUUCGGCUCGGGGCGUGGUCCCAGCGUUGUGGGAUUGAGCCCCACGUCAGGCUCCUCUGCUAUGAGCCUGCUUCUUCCUCUCCCAC